GCGGCCGAGGCGGCUGAGGCGGUGGCGGUGGCGAAGGUCGCGGUCGAGGCGGCGGCGAAGGAGGCGGCCACGGCGGUGGCGGUGGCGAAGACCGCGUUCGAGGCGGCGGCCGCGAAGGGGGUGGCGGUAGCGAAGGCGUUGGCGAAGGAAGCGGCCGAGGUGGUGGCGAUGGCGAAGGACCUGGUCGAGGCGGCGGCGAAGGAGGCGGCCGAGGCGGUGGCGGUGGCUAAGGCGGUGGCCGAGGCGGCUGAGGCGGUGGCGGUGCCGAAGGCGGCGCUCGAGGCGUCGAUGGCGGUGGCGAAGGACCUGGCCGAGGCGGCAGCCAAGUGGGCGGCCGAGGCGAAGGCUGCCGCCGAGGCAGCGGCGGAAGCGAAGGCGGCCGCCGAGGCAGCAGCGGUGGCCAAUGCUGUAGCCAAGGCGGCGGCCGAGGCGGCAGCCGUGGCGGAUGCAGCAGCCAAGGCGGCGGCGGCGGCAGCGGCUGAGGACUCCGCUGCGGCGACGCGGACCCAGCUUGGGCGGCUCGCCUUGGUGGUGGUGGGCUUCGCGUUCGCGCUCGGCGCGGUGUGGCUGGCCAGCGCGUUCAGGAUCGCCAGCGCCGUGGACCACUGCCUCGCGGUGAAGGUCCACUGGUUGGCCGACCCCAUGUGCCGCGACACGGUGGUGUUCGCGGCUCCCCUGGCCGUCGCCUCGCUGAUCCUCAUGGCCGCGGCCGUGCACCGACAGGUCAAGGCCGAGGCGGAGGCCGGCGCCCAGAUCCGCGAGGCUGCUGGUGUAACCCACGACGUCCUCCCUGAUCCCGAGCUGCAGCCGCCACUGCCGCCGCCACCGCAGCCGGCGGUUGCGCUGGCCUCUGGACUAGAGCGGCGCCUCCUCCUGUGUGGUUCAGAUGAAGUAGUCAUGCUCACCAUCAUCUCCAUUUAUCUAUGCUGUGUCACCUUCAUUCUUGUGGGAUUCAAGAACGUUGGCUACUUGUGGCUGGCUGUGGGGCAUUUCUUUCUCAUCAUUCCUUACGCUGUGCUCAGGCUGAGGAGGUUCCUCAACCAGUUCGUGUCGAUCUUCGUGAUGCACGUUGCCAACAGAGGAUCAAGCCCAGUUUUGAACCAGUGAAUUUGAGUGAGAGGGAGAUUUGACACUACAACAUACAGAUACAUAUUUUGGACUAUCGCAAAAAUUCAAGUAUUCAAGGUUGCAGCUCAGAAGUUAAUUUACUCGAUUGUGCUAGGGUCGUCGUAGCCUCGUAGGAUAUGACUAGCUUUAUAUGAUGCUCACGUUUUGAUAGACUUGUUUGUGAAUUCUUCGGGCAAGUAUGUCCUAACGUACCUCUACUAGUCCUGAUACUGAAUGCAUGAAUGUAGCAAUGUUCUUGAAUCUAGUACUACUAUGUAGGCAUAUAGCUCAA